CAAGAUGCGCUACGACGAUUCCAACAAUACGGCUUAAGUAACAUCUAUGGUAUUAAAUCGACGUUGUCCAGACGGGAGGUCGUUCCAUUUCCACUGAUCCACACAAUUGGUGUAGCCAAGAGACACCAUUACAACAUCGCAGAUAUCAACAGCCAAACAAUAUCUGGAGAGCGAAACUCCACAGUUGAAGAGCUGCUGAAGAAUGCUUUUUAUCCCAACGCGGCUCCUGUUCCUAUAGGAAAAAUGUCUCGAAUUUCUAUUCCUUUACGAGCUGUUUCACCAGCUAUCGUUGUUCGUGGUGUUGAACACAUAAGAAGUCCAAGCGUUGCUGUUCAAUUGGUAGAGAUAAGAAAAGUGAAGCGGGUCGGUGGGGGAUACCCAUAUGGACCAAGAAACAUGUCGAUUGUCGAGUUCCCACAUCCACUAAAAGUGGACAAGUAUCUGGGGAGCAGUGUGGCAUUCGUGACUGGAAGCUACUCUCAGAGAAAUCGAUCAAUAAUCGACCAACGUACAGAUGUGUGGUCAAUUAAGCUUGCUGUAAUUACCGAAAGGUGGAUUGCAAACUUCUACAGGAUCAGUUACGAAUCAUGCUUCCGGAAACUCGGCCCAGUACUGAUUGCUGCAGCAAUACUUACAACUGUUUGCAUCCUACUGAUCACAUACUAUGGCGAGAGAUUCAACGGACCCCAUUUGAAUGGCCGAUGGUUUUCAGUCAAAGAUAUAGUUCGGACGAAUAUGGUGUUGAUGUCAUUACUUAUAAUGAACUUUAUUGGUCUCAUUCUAACCUUGGCAUUGCGUUAUUUUGGCCCAAAACGAAAAAUUGGUAUGUCGUUGUCAUCAAAACUGCAAGCAAAUGAAAACACAACCGUCUCAAACUUCCUCUUCUGGAUUUCGGUUUUUCAAUUUGCAAUGCUAUUCCUAUCCGAAGCCGCACUGUUAUAUCUAAGGAUUUACCAAUCGUCAAAUCCAUUGGUAACUGCUUACAAGGAAAAUGCCGAUGUAACUAUUACUGGUUUCAUCCUUUGGAUAAUAUAUCAUGGUGAAACUUUCGACUUACCACAUCUGAACGGUCGAUGGAUGUCAAUAAGAGAUGUGGUUAGAACAAAUAUAGUGCUGAUGUCGCUGUUGAUUGUAAACUUCAUUGGUCUUGUACUAACUGUGGCACUGCAUUAUCUCAGCCCCAAACGACGAAUAAGCAUGUCGUUGUCAACAAAGUUCCAAGCAAUGGAAAAUUCGAUUGUAUCGAACUAUCUUUUUAUGAUUUCUUCUUGUCAGUUCACGGCAUUAUUCCUCUCACAAGCUCUGAUUUUAUAUUUGAGGAUUUACGAAUCAGAAAAUCCUCUGGUAACUGUUUACAAGGAGAACGCUGAUCUCUUCAAUUAUUACACACUAGCGCUACCGGUGCUGUCAAUGCUUUACAUCAGGAAAGUGAAAAAUAAGCGAAACAUGGAUAUUAGAAAUCAUAUAAGUAUAAAAACUAUUGGAACUGUCGGAUGGGCCAACUACUCUGCAGUUAUUGAAAAGCAAUGGAAUUGA